AUGAGCUCUACACAGGGCAGCACGCUCAGGGCUGUUGAGCUUGACCAGACGCAUCCGCUCUCGCCUUUGCUGCCGAGCAAUGCGCCCGUCUCGGAUGAUUAUUUUGCUCGGUCCACGAGCUCGCCGGCGCCUGAAGCAGCUGUCACACCUCCAGAGCCUGCGACGAUUGGCAGAUCUCGCCCAGAGCUCGAAUCACAUGCAACCCUGCGGUCUGGCACGCUCAAAGCGAGCAGCACGCCUAUCAAAGCAAGCAUACAGCUCGCUGAAGAUAGUCCCUUGAGAGCAGCACCUGCGAGCUCAGCGCCUGAGCAGAUCAGCAAUGGAGCUCGCGUACCUUGGCAGCUCUCACUCGCUAGAGAGCCUCACCUGCUCUCGCUGGCCGAGCUCGAGAGCAGACUGGAAAUGCUAUCGAGUGACUUGAACGAUGCGAUCCAGGCUCGCUCGAGCAGCAAGCUAUCACGACGAGCUGCAAGAGGCAGUUUCAGCAGCGAGCACUCUAGCGAAAGCUCGAUGGCUCCGACAGCGGAAGCGUCCAGCUCGCGAGUCAUCGCAGCCUCGUGCGCCGCCGCCAUACUGCAGGCAAUGUCACAUGAAAUGUCUAGAAUAUUAGAGCAGAAAGCCGAAGUCAAGGCACAGCUCGCCGCACUCCAAGCGCUUUCAGAUGAGUGGCUACCCCUGCUGGGCACUAGCGCGGCAGCACGCGAACGCUCGCGAGCAGAACGCGCCCUCCUGCGGGCUGCAGCAGACGGUGCGGCAUCAUAUCAGCAGAGGCCACAAGAUCGCUGGACGCUCUCCAGCAUCUCGCUGCGAUCAGAUGGCCUGACACAUGAUAAGACCACUUCUCUCGACGCGACAUUGCACGAAGCCAUGUCUGACGAUGGCCUACGACUCGACUCGGAUUCUGUAUCGACAUAUUCCAUCAACGCAGAGAGCGAGCAUCUCGCUUCACCCAAGGCGCAGACUCGCGCCUCACGUCACUCUUCACUCUCAGCAAGAUUGUUUGGUGGCGUAAGAACGCCAAUAGUACCAGCAUCAGCGCCAAGCAGCGGGCUCAAGUCCACUACGAGCAACGCAGUCGUAGAGGACGCGUCUGAUCUUCAGCCUCGCUCAAGGGCAAACUCGAUCAGUUCUGGGACUGGGCCACCGGUCAAAAUAGCUACGUCAGCUUCGACACCGAGCAAGCCGAUGGCAGACGGCUCGCGACCCAAGUCAAAGUCUAGCGCUUGGUCUUGGCGUCACUGGCGUGGCACGCGCUCAGACGAGGUCCCCAAUGUCUAUGAUGACGACAGCAGCGACGAUGAGGAGCAGAGCGAAGUAGGCGCACCAGUAUCCGAUCCUGUAGCUCGCACUCUCUCGCCUGAAGUAGAAAGAUCCUCAGCCAUGUCUCGUGCAUCUUCGCGAUCAGGCAACGAAGAGGCUCGCGUGGCAUCCGCCGCGGUUGAUGCACUCUUGUCUCGCAAGCCAAACGAUGCUCUUUCAGCGACCACGCCUGCCGUCGCGACAGCGCAGCGCAUCCAAUCAGGCUCCGCUUUGUCUGUAGACGAUAGAGCAGGAACAAACGGCAGAGCUAAUUCGCCAAGGACGCUCAGCGAUGCAGCCAGCGCCAACGGCGAAGACUCGGUGGAAGCUUUCGCCAUCAGCAGCGUCAGCGAGUCUCAUGUCUCGUCGCAGCCCACGAGCAUUCGUUCACUGGCUAUCAGUGAGCCAAAGGGAAUUGUCUCUUCUGCUGCGACCACUCUCAGUCGGGCUUUGGGCCGCUCAAACUCUCGCGCGUCAGGCGCGCCGGUCGAGCCCAACAUAACGCUACCCACCAUUGGACGCAGCAACUCAGUCUUCAAUCUAGCUACCCCAUCAGUCUCCACAGCGACAGCAGCGGUCUCAAGCUCAGGACUUGCCAUGGAGCUCGGAACGAUCGCGCCUGAUGGAGCCGUUCCCCCAGCAUCGAGCAGUAUCGCAUCCAGUUUGCCUAAGGCAGACGGUGACCGUCUCAUUGAUCGCUAUGGAUUCUCGCACGAUCAGGCAAGCGGUCUGAAGUAUUUACAAGAGCUUCGAAAGCGUCAGAAGGAUGGCUCGAAAGACGCUAGCGUCAUCAUGGACGUGCCUGCAACGGCUACAGGCGGCGAGAGCACGAAACGUUUGCUUGCCCAGCUCGGUCAGAUGACAGAAGCGCGUGAGAAGGCGCAGCAAGAAGUUUGGGACAAGUUUAUCGUCAGGCGCAGAGCAAAGCUAGUCAAAGCCUCGUCGGAAGCGAGCACAGCUCCCGCUCGCCCCUCACGUACAGUAAUAGCCGAAGUCAGCUCUUUGGCAACACAGGCCAGCGGGUCAGACGAGCUCGACUGGACAGAGGAUCUCGUGGGCGUGGCUCGGAUGGGCAGCAAAGCUGGCCGCGAGGAUUGGAAGGAGUUCAAGAAGCUCGUUCGUUCGGGCGUACCGAAUGCUUUGCGUCCCAAGAUCUGGGCUGAAUGCUCAGGUUCGACCGAAAUCAGGGAGCCAGGCUACUAUACCGAGAUGCUCAGCAGUCAUGAAGGCAUACACAGUCAAUGCCUUUCCCAGAUAGAUAUGGACUGUCAUCGUACACUACCCACGAAUGUCUUCUUUGGCGGCAAUGGACCGGGAAUCUCGAAGCUGCGUCGCUUGCUCGUCGCGUACAGCUGGCGCAACCCAGAAGUUGGCUAUUGUCAGGGCAUGAACAUGCUGGCAGCAGUCCUGCUCUUGAUCUACACAUCAGAAGAGGAUGCAUUUUGGAUCUUCUGCUGCAUCAUCGAGCGCAUAUUGCCUGGUGAAUGGUACACUUCCAGCCUGCUUGUCUCGCAAGCAGAUCAGCGAGUGUUGCAAGAUCUCGUCAAGACCGUCCUGCCCAAGCUAUCGGCGCACUUUGACGAGCUUGGCGUGACCCUACCGGCUGUCAGUUUUGGCUGGUUUCUGUCGCUGUUCACAGACAGUCUACCCAUUCAGACGCUUCUGCGCGUAUGGGACUGCUUCUUCGUGACUGGCGACGUAGCGCUCUUCAGGAUAACGAUCGCCAUCCUGCAAAUGCACGAAGGAGAGCUGCUGGCCGUCGCAGACGCAGCAAGCUUCUAUAUGACGCUCCGGUCAAUCACGACGCACAUGUAUCAAGUCGAUAAGCUUCUCCGCGUGGCUUACGAAGAUUUGAGAUACACCGUGAAGAGCAAAGACAUUGCCGCCCUGCGACAGAAGCAUGUCGAUGAGCUCGAACAAGAAACGGGCCUCAAACAGACAGGCGUGUGA